GAGUUAGUUAGAGUUGAUAGAAUUAAACCAGAUACAAGAAUUACAGAAGAAGAUAGCAGAGAAAAUCAAGCACAAGUUAAAAGACUAGCAAGAGAAAAAACGGAAGGUUAUCAGGUGUUAUUGAAAGCAGAAAGGAGAUUAAUAUCUUUUAGUCUAUGGGAUGGGAUUAUCAUCCCAGGUAUAGGUGCGAGUGCGAGUUUGGGACCUUAUUUGGUACCCUUCGCGUGUGCUCUCGCUGGAGGUUGCAUUGCUCCUUGGUUAGACGAAGAAAACAAGAUAUAUGAUCUUAACUGGUGGAAGAAUGUGAAUUUAGCUGGUAAUGCGAUUAAUUUUGGUGCAAAUGCUAUCGAAGCAGGAUUUAUUUGGAAUAAUCGUACUAGGAUAUCUAAACUGGAAGAGGAAUUAAUGAAUAGGCAUUAUUGCGGAAUUAAUAGGGAUGAAAACAGUGAAGAUGCAAAAAUCUUGAAAGUGAGGGUUGAUGUUCUUGAAAAAGAAAUAAUAAAUUAA